AUGGAAACCUCCGGUGGUUCCAGCGGCGGCGCAUACGAGCUGCUGCCGCCGCUUUACUUUACUUUCACACUCAUUUGGGCUCUCUCCGCCGCUUCCUGGACCUUCAACACUUGCAUAAACGCCCAUUUUCAGCAGCCCAAUAAACUGCAAUGGAUGCUUGCCUCUGUGCCCUGGAUCAAAGCUCUUCAUCUCUCAUUAUCUUUCCUCUUUUGGUAUUCGUAUUUUUAUUCAAAUAUGUGCUCUUUAUGGGUGUCUUUUGGGGUGUACAUAAUGGGGAUAGUAUUUCAAACAUCUGCAUUUGUAUCGUUUUUCCUCAUUUCCCAUGGUUAUUGCAUCACGUGCCACCGGCUCUCAUUGUCCGAACGUCGAACUAUGGCCAUUCAAUCAUGUGUGUUCUACAUGACUCUCGUUGGCUAUAGAGCUUCUGUACCGUAUUUUUUCGGGCUUUUGUUGGUCAAUUACGUCAUCGUGUUCUACGCUAUAUUCAACCACAUAUCACGAAAUUUAAAUGUUUUACGCGACCAAUUGAGCUUCAUAGAAGAUGAGGAUGUGCACGCAAUGCAUGAUGCCGUUUAUACGAAAUACAUCAUGUUCAAGAAAUUUCGAGGGGCAAUGAAUGUUGUGGCAGUCUCAGAACUUGCAGUGUUCAUAAGCAUGGAUAAUUCAUUGGAAAAUUUUUGGGUUCGGUUGUUGAUUCGUGAGUGGGCUCAGUUCUUUAUCUUCUUGUACAUUGGAUGGAUAUUCAGGUGUCAAGAAUUGGCACCUCAUUUUUCGCUUAUGCCUGCAUUGAGUUCUAAUAGGGAGACAACAAUACCUCCUAUCUACAGCAUUGAAAUGGAUGCGCAGACUUUCAAAGCUUUUAGAAGUCACGAAUGGCACAUUGGGGUGCCAACUUUACCACACAAGGAAAGUUUGAAGGACUCGGUUGUGGUUGUGAUCCGGCAACCGAAUGCAUACAGCUUAUCGAUUGGCUCGUGA